GUAAUAAUCCAAUUAAAUAUUGAGUUAUUAGUAGAGAGAGAGUCUAACAUUUCUCUUGGCGAAGUAGCAUAAAUAUUAGCAUUACCCACGUAAUUUAAUUAAAAUAGUGCCGUGAGUUCGAAUAGAUCGCCAUGAGUUUAGUCGGCAAAGUUGUAAUUGUGACGGGUGCAAGUUCAGGCAUCGGUGCCUCAACAGCUGAAGCCUUCGCCAAACUGGGUUCCAAAGUAGUGCUCGUAGGACGAAAUGAAGCAAAUUUAAAAGCUACCGUAGCUGCCUGUAAAUCCGCCAACAGCAAAGCCGAACUUUUACCAAUUAUCGCCGAUGUCACAGUAGAUGCGGAACGUAUUAUAAAUUCAACAAUUGAGAGAUUCAGACAAUUGGAUGUGUUGGUGAAUAACGCGGGUAUUUUCGAAGUAGGCAACAUAUUAGAUAUUGAUGUCGAUCAAUUUGACCGCAUUUUCAAUACAAAUGUACGAGCGGUCUUCCUUCUAACUAAAUACGCCGCACCACAUUUGAUAAAGACCCAAGGUAAUAUCGUGAAUGUCUCCAGCAUUACAGGACUGCGUUCAUUCUCAGGUGUUUCCACUUAUUGCACCUCCAAAGCAGCACUGGAUCAAUUUACCAGAUGUAUCGCUUUGGAUUUGGCGCCGAAAAAUGUUCGUGUGAAUGCCGUAAAUCCUGGUGUGAUUGUGACAGAUAUUCAUAGACGUCGUGGUUUAUCGCCAGAGGAAGUCAUUGAAUAUUUCGAACGUUGUAAAGAGACACAUGCACUUGGACGUGUUGGCGAACCAAACGAAGUGGCCGAUGCUAUUGUUUUCCUUGCCAGUGGCAAUUCCAGCUUUAUAACGGGAGCAACUCUGCCCGUCGACGGUGGCAAGCAUGCAAUGUGUCCUCGUUAAUUGUUUAUUGAAAUGUUUUAUAUACAUAUGUUAUACCAGUAAAAAAAAAUAUUAAAAUUUAGUCUCAGUAUAUACAUCGA